UGUUGUGUGCUCAUGUCGAAUGACGUGACGCGGCUACUAAAAACCGCCUAAACCUUUUUCCAGUGAAGUAACUAAAUGAGAAGUUAAAUCUAUUCCAGGAAAUUGCGCAAGCACAGGGUUGACGAGUGGUAGUGUUUUCGUGGAGCCAUAAUGAGGUAGCUACUUUAAAAAUAUGGACCAUCUCGGCCAAAAGGUGUUGAGACAUUUUGUUAUCUUCAUGUUAUUGGCUGUGACUUGUUACGCUCAAGACACGGACACAUGUGAAGUCAUCCCCAAAAAUCAAACAGUGAAACUUGGCUCCGAUGUCACAGUGGUGUUCAAGGCCCCAUUAAGCGGUAUUUGCCGAAACAAAUUGAAUGACUUCCAUCCAAGUAAAGUGUUCUGGACAUUAAACAGUAAGAAAAUUGAGGAAAGCUACUACGACCACAAUUCCACCUAUGCAAGGGUCACGAUUGCAAAUUUCUCUCUUGAAUCUGGCACGGUGGAAUCCCACAUGUAUGGGCAGGUGUUGGGCGGCACCAUUGUGCGGACAUAUGAUACUUCCAGCAAUACCAGAAGAGGCAUACAACCUCCAAAGAAGCCUAUCAACAUACACUGUGUUACAAAUUUAACAACAUACCACAGACAAUACACUACAUGUUACUGGGAUGAAGCAGGAGAUUCACCGGACACAAGAUAUAGUGUCACCAUGAAACAAGACAAUAGAACUCGCGGUCAUUGCAAAUCACAACCGGGGCAAAAUCAUUGCCGGUUGUCAGAAUAUGCAGACACUUUUUCGGACAACAUGAUGGUUACCAUGACGGCUGCAAAUUCUGCUGGAAAUGUGUCAGCCACUGUCCAUUUUGAUCCCUGGAAAAUAGCAAAAUUUGAUCCUCCAAGAAGUAUUCAAGUGGAGCCUCUUCCCACCAGUCUAAGUGUGGAUUGGACAACAAAGUGCCCCUCGCACUUUGAGAAGUGUGAAGUGCAGUGUGUGGAGGAGGGCACUAAUGUCACAAUUGUGUCAAACAAAACAUCACCACAAAGAAAAAGAACCAUAUAUGUUGAUGAUGUGAAGCCUUGCACGAACUACACGGUAGCGGUCCGCUGCGCCUGCCACACCUCCCUGUGGAGUGACUGGAGCGCCAGGAGUACCGUCCUCUCCGCACUUAAUGUAAGUUCUGUGCCAUUCUAUUUGUGGAGGAGAGUUCUGGAACGGUAUGAAAAUGGAACAAGGCGUGUUCAGCUCAUGUGGAAGGGGUCGUUCUGCAAUCUACCUAUUGAGUACAGGCUUUCAGUUGACUCAAGAAACGUCGGCUUGGAUCGUACCUCUGUUUUACUCGACGGCAAAGCCCAUGAGAUUGAGAUUGCUGCUUAUAAUAAUAGCAAAAUGCUUCGUCACAGUUUUCUCAAGAUACCCGUCAUUGGAAAGGAUAUGCCUCCUGUGCGGACACCUCUCGCCACGUCUCGUAACGGCCUCAUUUAUAUCUCCUGGGAGGCCCCCCCAACCCCAGUGAAUGAUUACGUCAUAGACUGGCUCACAGAUGCUACACAGGAGGCCAUGCCUUCAUGGGAGAAAACUCAAGAAACAAAUAUUUCUUUUCCUGGUCUGUCUCAAAGACUCUACACAGUAACCAUAACUCCACUUUAUGAGGAAGGGCCCGGCCAAGAACGCAUCCUGCAUACUUAUGCAGAGGAAGGGGCACCGGCGAAGGUUCGGAGGGUGAGUGUGACCAAGGCUGACAGCACCUGGCUCACAGUGGACUGGGGGGCGGUGGGACCCGACCAGUGCUGUGGCUUUGUCGUCAACUACACCGUUUUCUACCGUGACUCAAACGGGCCAGAGCUGAAUGUGACUGUCAAUCACCCAAGUCAUCAGGUGACACUGAGGGAGCUGCAGCCCGGCACCGCCUACAAGGUCCACGUCCGAACGCACUCCGCUGCCGGCUUCAACGACAGUGACCUCUUUCACUUCAGUACAGAAGCAUAUGGAAAAGCCUUUAUCCAGAACCUUGUUUCCGUUGUGGGUGGUUUAAUAUUACUGCUGUUGACAGCUGUGUGCUUCUUCAUGCUGUGGAGGAGAGCCAUGAACCUGAUGGUGCCGAAUCCUCAGUUGAGCUCCAUGGCUGUGUGGUCUCCGGAGAAAUCUCUAAAGCCCUCAUUCUCCAAAAACCUGGACGUGGACAACAGCCACUGCGAGACGAUCCUACUGUGCCGAGUGGACGGCGAGACGGACGCCGAGCGAUGCUCAACACCGAGCCCUACAGGGGAUUGGACCGGUGACUACAGCGCCGGUAGCGGGACAGCGGAGUACACAGGACUCGCCCUUUCUUGCGUCAUCUCUGAAACCCAAAACAAGAGUCUGGAGGCCGACCGGGCAGACCGUCGCCAGCCAAGCAGAGCCUCCCCGACUCCCUGCAGCCCGUACCUGGACCAGGGGCAGCACUGCAAACACCGUUCUGACCCGUACCUGGACCAGGGGCCUGUGUGCAGCUGCGGAGACCUGCUGGACGAACCACAGGGACCAGGCAUCUCAGAGGAGAGAGACUCUGUGAUGGAGUCGAGUCAGCAGAAGGCAUCGCCCCCCUGCCCUACCGCUAUGUCAUACGUGAGGGUGGACAAACUUGAUGGACAGAUAGAGGACUAAGUGUCCGCUGCGUACAAAAGCAUUUUAAAAACAGUAACCCUGAAUCGACUUUGUUAAAAAGGCAGCUUCACCAGCUGCAUCCAGCUGUGCACCCCCACUGUGCCGGCCACUCACGGGACCUGGGGUCCAUGAAAGGUCAGCCUAUCAGUUGAUCCCAGAGUUCCGUGGGGCUCGUGCACAGUGGAAUU